GUUUUAUGUUUGUGUGUGUGUGUGAAACAAGUGAACUCGUCUCUCGUCGUUCGUUUAAAUAUAAAGCUUGAUGAUAUAUGAUAUUUACAAUUUGUACCCAGUGAUUUGAAGCACCAAUUCGUAAAUCAAAUUAUUUUCCUACGAUCUACAAUAAUCAAUAACAACAACAACGACAAGAAUGGUCUUUAAUCUCGUUAGAUCAGCAGUCACACGAACGGUAUUUCGCAAAACGGUCAAUCCAUUCGUUGCAAUAAACAAGAAUCGUUUCUCAACACAUGACGAUGGCUCCAGUGACGGUGGCAUAUGUUUCGAAUUGACCGAAGAUCAGAAAAGUAUGCUCGAUUUGGCCGAAAAAUUCACCAAGGAUGAAGUGAUCCCGAAAGCUGCCGAACUGGAUCGAACGGGUGAAUUCCCGAUGGAAAUUUUCAAAAAAGCUCACGAACUUGGUCUUGUUACCGAGACACUACCCGUUGAAUAUGGCGGCAUGGGCCUGCCGCUCUUGGAUCAUUGUAUGAUAGCCGAAAAGAUUGCCUAUGGAUGUACUGGCGUCGGCACAGCAUUAUCUGCCAACACACUUGGCCAGGCACCGGUCAUUCUGUUCGGUAAUGAUGAACAAAAGAAAGAAUAUCUCGGUCGUUGUGCUGCCGAACCAUUGAUUUGUGCAUAUGCUGUAACAGAACCAGGAACUGGUUCUGAUGUAGCCGGCGUCAGAACAAAAGCUACGAAAAAUGCAGACGGCGAUUUCGUUCUCGAUGGACAGAAAAUGUGGAUCACUGGAGCUGGAUAUGCCAAUUGGUUUUUCGUUCUGGCACGUUCGAAUCCCGAUCCAAAAGCAAAAGCUUCGGAAGCAUUCACUGGUUUCAUUGUUGAAGCCGACACGCCUGGUGUCACCAUUGGCCGUAAAGAAUGGAACAUGGGCCAACGAUGUUCGGACACACGUGGAAUCACUUUCGAAGGCGUAGUAGUGCCCAAGAAGAAUGUGCUCCUAACUGAAGGCAAAGGAUUCCGUAUCGCUAUGGGUGCUUUCGAUCUGACACGACCGCCAGUCGCUUCUGGUGCCGUCGGUCUUGCUCAACGAGCUUUGGAUGAGGCCACACAAUAUUCACUUCAACGGACAACAUUCGGACGUCCGAUCGCUACCCAUCAAGCCAUCCAGUUCAUGUUGGCCGACAUGAUCAUUGGCAUUACCACUUCCAGAAUGGCCUAUAUGCGUGCCGCAUACGAUUUUGAUCAUGGUCGUCGUAAUACGUAUUGGGCUUCCAUCGCUAAAUGUUUGGCUGGCGAUGUUGCCAACAAGUGUGCUGCCGAUGCCGUUCAGAUAUUCGGUGGUGCCGGUUUCAACAGCGAAUAUCCGGUGGAGAAACUGAUGCGUGAUGCAAAAAUCUUCCAGAUCUAUGAAGGUACCGCACAAAUUCAACGUAUGAUCAUUGCACGCGAACACUUUCAACAAGCGAUGGGUCAAUAGUAGUAGUAGUAGUAGUAAUAGCAGUAGUUUUAUUUAUUGUUUGCUUUCCAUAUUUGUAAUGAGAUAAAUUUGUCUUGUCUUCUUGUGUAUUUUAAUUUUGAAAAUAAACAAUUUUCUUGUUCAUUGCAACAACAACAACAACAA